UAAAAUUAUUUUACCAUCGUAAGCAAGCGCCCGGCUAGCGCUAAAAAUUACUCACUGGACUCACAAUAUUUCGAUAGAUUUCGAUAGAUUUCAACCAAUAGAGUAACGAGGAUGUAUAGAAAUGUAUAGAAAUGUUAUCGAAAAUUGACCAAUAAGAUGAUAGGAAUCUUGAUAGAAAUGUUAUCGAAAAUUGACCAAUCAGAUGAUAGGAUUCUAUCGAAAAUUAAUAGUGAUGGUCGCCAUUUUUGAUACUGCUGCUGAGGAUGAGAUGAAUUCAUUUUUCGUAUAUUUCUAUUACAUUUGAUGAUUUCUAUUAAAUAUUUGAAGAAUAUAUAGUUUGACAUAGUGUUAAGACAAAGAUAUUUCAACAGUCUACCUGCCAGAACCCAGAUCUUGUCUAGAACACAGAAAUUACAGAAUUGAAGGCAAGCUUGCCAAGCAGAGUGAGGAUGGAGCCAGUGUUUCGGCGAAAAAGAAAUGGAGCUCUUCUCCUAGCAGACACUGAUGAGGCCCGUGCUGUUCUUAGCGAACAAAGACAAAAACAUUAUGAGAAAGCACUGCCUGCAGCAAAAGUGAGGGAAAUUGCUGUAAAAGCUGUGCUGAAGAAGAAUGGCGAUAUUGACAAUAGAAAGCAUCUGUUGGGGCAGUUCACCUUACAGUUUGGCCGAUUUAGGAACACAACAUUUCAAUGGCUUCUCUCAAAUGCCCUUGGCUAUGCAGCCUACUUGGUAGUCAGUCUGGAAAAGGACAAACCCAGUGAAGAUGCACGAUGGUUAAACAAGAUGGCAUUACAAAAAUAUUUGAAACUCUUUCCUGAGGGAGAAGAAGCUGUUGUGAUGAAGAGAAAGGAAAGAAUCACAACAAUUCCAGCUAAAGUUGUCAGAGAUGAGCUGUCAGACACUGAUGACCAUGAGUUGUUGGACAUAGUAGAAAAAAUGGAACAUGAUGCAGAAGGAGAUACAGCUGAAGCCAAUGAAAUGUGUGUUUCCUUUAAGUUCUUCUAUACAAAGCAUUUUAUUAAUCCGAUCUUUAAAAAUAAAGCUGUACAUAUACUGGAUAUUUCAAAAUUUGUAUAGUUCUUUAGAAUAAGCAAAGGAAACAACUAUUUUUAAGAUUGGCAUUGGUAAGUAUGAAAUGUAAUCAGAUUUUUUGUGUGGUGGUGCCUUAUAUUUGUGGUAGAAGCUUAUGUAUAACCAUUUCUUACAGUCAGUGUGUGAAACUAAUAAUGAGCCUGGCAAUCAAUGGUGACAAGUCAUUGUAAGCCAUUCAAUUCGAUAUAAUUUCAUUGAUGUUUUGGUCUUGUGCUAUUCAAAUUAAAAGUUCAUAUAAGCCCAAAUCUGUUUUUAGAUACUAGUUUCAUACACUGGACAAACAACUCUGAAAAAGCUUUUCAGUUUUUUAUUCAUUUGAGUUCUGAAUAUUGUGCGAAGUAAAUGUGUUGAUGAAUUUUUAACGAAAUAGAUAUCAAUUCCGAGUGUAUUGUUUUUUCGAAAUUAUAUAUACCAAACAGUGAUUUCCGUCAUAUAAAAUUACUGGAGUUUUCCGUCAAAUAAAAUCACUGGAGUUCAGAUGCAAAGAAUUAUAUCCCGAGGUCAUAGCCUUGGUGAUAAAAUCAUGAGCAUCCAAACAACAAAAUGUAAUUUUAUCAAGCGAUAAAAUCAUUGAUUUGGAUGAUAAAAUCAUUGAUUUGUAUAUAUUAUUUUGAUUCUAACACGACAUCAACAAAUAAAUGCUGAGGUACCUUAUACCAAGUUAAAUAGCUCCUGAUUUGUUUCUGUACUUAUUUUCAGCGCGUCCAAGUUUUGAUGGUUAGGUCACAUAUCUAAUGGUUAUGUCUAAAUACAGAAUGUUGUGUUACGUCAACAUUGAUUUAAUUGAAUAAUAAUACAAACUUUUGCUUCGUUUAUGUUCAUAAUGGAAAAUUGUGGGUCGUGUUAGAAGGUAAAAUGAUGCACAGCUCAAGUUCAGAUAAGUAGGAAUAUAAUCAGGAAGGCCGAUGUGCCAGAGUGAUUUAUUUCAACGCAUUUGAACGAAAAACUGUGCUUUAUUAAACUAGGAUACAAUAAAAUUAAUAUCUAUUUCAAUUCUAACAUGCUAACAAAAAAAAUGAUAGAAAAUAUGUUGAACUACAUUGAGUGUAGAAAAAAUUUCCUGGUGUCAAUUGGUUUAUUGACAUCAUAUGAUAUCGUCCAUGGGCAAGUGGUAAAGGUAGUUGACUUCAAACCACUUGCCCCUCACCACUGUGGCUUUGAAUUCCGACAGGGACUUUGCAUUCUUUCAUGUGAGGAAGCUAUCCAGCUAGCUUACGGAACGUCGGUGGUUCUGAAAUAAUGCACAGAAACGCACCUGAGGUCUUCCUCCACCAGUAAAGCUGGAAUGUCGCCAUAUGAUCUAUACUGUGUUGAUGUUACGUAAUGCCCCCCCAAAAAAAGGCAUAUGAUGUGUAAGCAUUCCUUUAUGCGGUGCAUAUAUUGUGUAAUAAUGUUCUUGAUUGCUCUAUCUGAUAGGGGUUAUAAUGUAAAGCGUGUUAUAAUAUUUGUUUUAGUUUUAGUAUAUACUGUAUGUAGUUUGUAAAUACAGGCUUUAAAAAUCUAACCAAGUACAUACAAAUGUGUAUGCAGUUGUUUCAAAUGCACCUUUAGCUCUUCAUUAUCACGGCUUAUACUUGCCAACUUGAAUUUUUUACUAGAUCACUCUUGUCUGCAUUUCAAUUGUGUUGUUCGUUAAAUAAAUGUAUCUGUUAGAAACUACCAACCUACCUGAUAUGUUGCCAGUCUGAGAGCUUAACCAAGUCACCAUGAUUGUUAAACAUGUAUGUGAUAACUGAGGAAUUGAGGGAAUAAAAGCUACAUUGUAUUUUCUGUUAACAAAUGGUCACACACAUGCGUGCUUUACAUUAAAUAAAGGACUAUGACAAUCCUUGCGCCUUGUUUCUACCUUAUAUUUCUAUAGACACAGACCUCCAGAUAAUUUUUAGGACCAAAGGAUUCUACCCCUCAAAUCUGGAUUGAGAGUUAAUAUUUGUAAAAAGCAUUUUGCAAUUACAUUUUUUGUGCAUAACUGAUGCUAAAAAUCUGAAACUUAUUCUUUUUGGACUCUUCUCUGCAUAUUUUAACCCGAUAUACAUGCUUUCUGGAGCUCUGCUAAGACAACUUCAUUUUUCUUUUCCUAGUAACUAGAAUGCUUCUACAGUGAUUAUUACAAUUUCUUAUGUCUUUUGGACAGUACCUCAAGUAUUUAAUCACUCAACCUUCUUAUUUAAUGCUUUGCUUAAGUCAGUUUAGUUUUCUCUAAUAAAAUAGUUUAUAUUUUAUUAUUACAUGUUUUGCAGUAGAUUACUGAAUUAUAACGGUUAAUUAUAUUCUGAUAAUUUCACAGUAAUGAUUACCAAAUAUAAUUUCACAGUAGCCGAACUAUAUUUGGCGUAAAAAUAAAAUAUUUAUCAUUAAUGAAUGUUUUUUUCAGCGGAAUUGUAGUCAAUCAUAAUAAAAAAUGUACGUGAUAACUGUAGUUUGUAAAUAUUUACGAACGUUGUGCUGAAAAACAUCUAAAAUCUAAAAAUAAUCAUGGAAUUAUAUUUUGCUUCAACAUUGUGACGUCAUUAUUUCAUGACGUCAUGAGGAUAAGAGCAUGACGUUACGCGGCAAAAAUCAGUAAAAUGGUGUAAAAAUCGUUAAAAAAUCAUGAAAUAAACAGAAAAUUUGUUUGUUUUACAUGUAAGAUCAAAUAAUAUUUCACUCGUGAACCCCAGCUAUUAUAUUUUCACUCGUGGCUACGCCACUCGUGGAAAAUAUUGCAUCUGGUGUUCACUCGGUGAAAUAUUUUUCGAUCUUACACUGAAACAAACAAAUAUCUUCUAUAUAUUGCUGGUUUGUAAUGUUUCUUUUCAUUGGAUAUUAGUGACAUACAAUACAUAUAGAUUACACAUGCUUAUUUUUGAAGUUAUUUUUGUUUUCCUCAAAUAAAGUUAAAAUG